AAUAGAGACCGUCGCAGAGUCAAAGAAUAUAAAAAAUGGUUGGCUCAGUUGGAGAAGAAAGGUGAAUUGCAACAAUACAGUAUAAAAGGCUGGUAUGGUGAAGAAACUACGUCACUGGAACAAGAUAAGAAAGAGGAACCAAAAGCUUGUCAAAGACAACAAGUACAGAACUUCGAACAAGAAACACUUUUAUCAAGCAAAAAAACUUGUGAUGAGGGCGCAACUGUUUCACAACAAUACACCGCAACGCCUGUUAUGGAAUCGUUUCAACAGGUACUCGAGUCUCGAAAGAAAGAAAAAAUGGUUCAUCUACAGAAACGUAAGAACAAGCAUAGAAAAUUAACUUUGCGAACUCGUAAAGGACAGCCCAUUAUGAAAUAUCAAAUGGCAAAUGUUAUAGAAAAGCUAAAUUGUCAAAAGUGAAAAAAA